AUGCGGAAGGCAUUAUUCUUUUUGUUUGGUGCAGGUGGAACACAAGGUGGGGUCAAGAAGCUCACACACGAAAAUCCUAUUCCGUAUAAUAAAUGGUUUCUCGAGGAAAGCACUCGAGCUCUUUUAAAUCCCAUUCAUCACCCAUUGGUUACAGAGUAUUUUCUUCGACUAAACCAAAGGCGUUUGGAACUUGAAAUGUUGCAAGAGCAGGGUCAAACAGACGCAUUACGUUCAUUGAGAAAUAAGGUCGAUGGAAAGCCCUUUGAUCAUGUUUUGUGGAAUAUUCAAUACCGAGAGGAAAUUGAUGUUGCUGAGGAAAUCUCUGGUUAUUUGGUCAAACUGAAUGAGAAUGUAAAAUUGAGAGAUCAAAUUCUUUUGGAAAAGGAUCCAGUUGGGGAAGAUCGAGAUCUUCUAUCGAUGUUGGAGGAAGAUAUGGAGUCUCUCUUAAACCAAGUACGGAAUAUGGAUGAUUGUGUGAAUGGCGUGAUGGCACGUCGUCUGAAUCUGGUG